GAGCUUUGCAGAGUUUAACUUUGAUAUACGGUCAUCGCAAUUACAAUAGACCCAUAGGUCAAAGUUCAAGCCAUAAAUAGGAUGAGACAUAUUAAAUGAGACACCACUUCUGUCAACAUCUCAUACCACAAUGGCACGUUUGAUACUCGUCCUGUUAUGUUUAGCUGUGAACGCGUUGUACAUCGUACACGGAUCUGAACGUAAUCCAAUUUAUCUGGUAGACAAUAAGUAUACACCCAUACAUAUUGCCAUACAUAGCGAUGUGGAGGAAUCUCCAGCCAUGAUUGACGAUAUUGAGGACUUAAUCACUGAAGCCUCUGCAUAUCUCUAUGAAGCUACACGUCACCGUGCUCACUUUAAAGACAUAACUAUUGUAAUUCCACAUACAUGGAAAUACAAUCCUCAUGUAAGAGCGACAACUGAGUCCUAUGAUACAGCCAACAUUAUUAUUGACGAUCCGAACCCCAUAUAUGGUCAUAAUCCGUAUGUAUCUCAGCAUUCACCUUGUGGGCAGCCUGGCGAAUAUAUGCACUUGACACCUAAUUGGAUUACAGGUUCAGACACUGUUAUAGCAAACUGGGGACCACAAGGUAAGGUAAUAGUUCACGAAUGGGGACAUUUGCAAUGGGGCUUGUUUGAUGAGUACCCUACCGAAGAUUACAAUCACUUCUAUCUUCACGAUGGCAAGGCGGAACCCACAAGAUGCUCAGAGACUAUCACAGGUGAUACAUGGGAUUCACAACAUAGGAUAUGUGAUCUUGACACCACGGAUUUAAGGUCCUUGGACAAAAGAGAAUGUAGAUUCUACCCACAUGAGGACAAUACUGGAACAGGCUCCUACUUAUACGUUACCUAUGUUGAUUCUGUGACAGAUUUCUGUCACAGUGAAGAAGAUGGUGACUCUAAAUCAAGACAUAACUCGUUUGCACCAAACAAACACAAUGCUCAAUGUGUAUGGAAGAGCGCAUGGGAUGUAAUGCUUACGACGCCGGAUUUUACUAAUAAUGCAAACCCACCAAAAGAUGGCUUAGACACGAGUCCAAUAUUCAGUAUUGUGAAAGAAACUCCAUUUCGGACAGUGUUGGUUAUGGAUCUUUCUGGCAGCAUGGAUUCAUAUAACCGCGUUGAUCUUCAGCUACAAGCAGCCACAAGAUACAUUGGAAACACACUCCCUAAUGACACUUGGGUUGGCAUUGUCAGAUUUGACACAGAUGCACUCGUAGUCGCAGACCUCACCAAAUUGGACAGUGAAGAAACCAGAAUGGAUCUGAUUUCGAAACUUCCAAGUAACACAGGUGGCUCAACCUGUAUUGGAUGUGGAUUAGAGCUUGGCAUAGAGGUCCUAGAGAAUAGUCCAUUUGGUGAUGCAGGUGGUGGAGUCAUAUUCCUUACCACUGAUGGCGAAGAGAACAGUUCACCAUACAUUGAAGAUGUACUGCCAGAGUUACUGGUGAAGGAGGUGAGAGUUGAUUGUUUGGCAUUUGGUGAUGACGCAGACGAGACACUACAGAACCUUGCUGAAGAAACGGGUGGACGAUUUGCGUGGUAUUCCGAACUUGUGACUUCAACGGCAUUGCACGAUUCUUUCACUGCAUCGGUGACCGAACGAAUGAAGUCAGACACGGAGACAAUUGUAGAGUUGGUUAGUGAUAAGAUCGUUGUUGAUGCUAAACUUACUAAGACUGGUUAUAUUGAUCUCGACACUACUAUUGGCCGGGACACGAAUUUCUUCUUUUUUUGGGACUUUUCAAGUACAAGCGAGAUUGUUGUACAGGUGAUUCGCCCAGAUGGCAGUGUGAUAGAUCACACGGAUGCCCAGUACCACACUAACGCUGCCAAACGUUCAGUAGUAAUCAGAAUUGACGGUAUAGCAGAGUCUGGCACAUGGACAUAUGAUAUCUAUAAUCCAGAUUACAAUGCUCAGACAGUGGAAGUACAUAUCGACUCAAGAUCUGCUGACCCUUCUACAGAACCAAUGAGAUUGAGCACUUUUCCGAGUUCCAGUUUUGUAGACCAGUCACCACCAAUGGUUAUCAUCUAUGCACAUCUGAGACAAGGCCAUACACCGAUUAUGCAGGCAAAAGUAAUAGCCACCGUGGAGAGACCAAGUCCCCAUUCUCCUGUAGAUUUACAGUUAUCUGACAAUGGAUCUGGUGCUGAUAUAACCAAGGACGAUGGUACUUACAGUGCGUAUUUUGUAGAUUUUGUUGAGUCUACAUGCACCACGUGUUAUUACAGCAUUCAGGUCGCUGCAGAUGAUAAUGGAGGAGCUGCUGUGUUCAGUCUAACCAUUAAAGGAGGAGCAAUGCCAAGGAAUUAUUAUCAAAUUCCAGAAGAAGAACCUACAUCCAUUGGUGAUUUUAUUAGAGUUGCAUCUGGUGGAGGAAUUAAGGUGGACGACAGUGUGACUUAUAUUGAUUGGAGUGAUCCCAGUGACGACCCAUUCCCUCCCGCACGAAUAAUGGAUAUACGUGUUAGUGGUACAUCCUAUGAAAACCAGACUGUUACACUUGAAUGGACGGCUACAGGUGAUGACCUUGACCAAGGGACAGGUUCUUUGUAUGACCUGAGAUAUGAAACAAACUUUGCAAAGCUAGUGAAUGAUUUUGAUAACAGUGCACGGCUGUUUGAUGAUGAUCUCACUGAGGGCACAUUAUCAGAUCCAAAAGCAAGUGGUAUGAAGGAAAUGGUGACAGCUAUACUACCAUAUCGUGGAGCAAACAUCACCUAUUACUUCUCCGUCCGAGCUAUUGACGAUGUUGGCAAUGUAGGACAUAUAUCAAAUGUAGCCCAAACUACUAUAAUAAUACAAGCUGUACCCACUCCUGCUGCUAUUACAUCUACAGUCCCAGAAGAAGAGAUAUCUGAUAACUCCCAUAAAAUUGUAGCUGUAGCACUCAUUAUUUUAAUCGUGUUUGUAUUCUUAUGCAUGAUAGUUUGUCUGUGUAUGUGUUGUAAGAUGUCAAAGCUUUCAACAAAGGUUCAUGAUAUAAACAUCAAUUGCAAUAAAGCUGAUGCCAGGAAUGCCAGGAAAUUUGGAAAUAUGGUGUAA